AAACAGAGUAUUAUACAAACCAUCAAAUUAUUUACCAAAUUGAAACAACACAUAUCAUUAGAAAUAGAUCAAAAUAUGCUAUUUUACGCUGCUAUAUUCUUAGUCUCUUACAUAUUCACAAAAAAAAUAUUACACAAGUUUCAGAAUCAUCCACCCACACCCUUUCCAACCAUACCAAUCUUAGGUCAUCUCUACCUCCUAAAGAACCCUGCCCAAAUCCACCGGACCCUAGUUAAGGUCUCGGACCGCUACGGUCCGGUGGUCCAACUCUGGCUCGGGUUCCGCCGAGCUCUCCUAGUCUCGUCAGCAUCAGCUGCCGAGGACUGUCUUCACCACAACGACAUCAUCUUUGCCAACCGUCCCCGUCUCAUAGGUGCCAAGAUCCUAGGGUAUGACUACACCACCAUUCUGUGGGCCCCAUACGGUCCACUAUGGCGUAACCACCGUAGGAUCGCGGCCACUGAAAUCUUAUCCCCUCACCGGCUCCAUUUGUUAGCUGAUAUACGAGCCGAGGAAGUACGAUCACUCGCUAAACGCAUUAAUGAUCAUGCAGCCGAAGGCGGGGAUCGUACAAUAGAGAUUAAGCCGGCACUCCUGGAGCUUACGAAUAACAUAAUGAUGAGGACGAUUGCAGGGAAGAGGAUAUACGGUGAGGCGGUAGAGACCGAAGAAGGGAAGAGAUUUAAGAUGUUGUUGAAAGAGUUGUUGGCUAUUGGUGGUGCUUUUAGUGCAGGAGAUCUUUUCCCCUUUUUUAAGUAUCUGGGGUUGAAUAAGGCAGCUGAGAAAAGAUGUAAGGCUGUAUUUGUUAAAUAUGACAAGUAUUUACAAGAAUUGGUGGAUGAACAACGAGGUAAAACAAUGGAGGAAAAUAAUGAUGGUGAUGAUAGUAAGUUGAACAACAAGAAAAAGAAUUUGAUUCAGGUUUUGCUUGGACUUCAGAGUACUGAUCUUUCUUACUUUUCUGAUGAUAUCAUCAAAGGCCUUGUUCAGAUAUUAUUGUUAACCGGGACAGAAACAUCAUCAAGCACAAUUGAAUGGGCAGUAGCAUUGUUACUAAAACAUCCUGAAUGUUAUAACAAAGCAAAGAAAGAAAUUGACGAGCACGUUGGACGUGAUCGCUUGAUUGAGGAGCAAGACCUUCAACAUCUUCCUUACCUUCAUUGCAUAAUUAACGAGACUCUACGAAUGUACCCUGUCGCUCCCAUUCUACCACCACACGAGUCCUCGGAAGAUUGUGUUGUUGGAGGGUAUCACAUUCCUAAAGGCACCAUGCUAACUUUGAAUUUAUGGGCCAUUCAAAAUGACCCUAAUGUUUGGGAUGAACCAAGUAAAUUUAAGCCUGAGAGAUUUGAAAAUGUCGAAGGUGAUCGAGUUGGAUAUCAGUUCAUGCCCUUUGGCUCAGGGCGGAGAGCUUGUCCUGGCGAGAACAUGGCAACACGAGUCGUCGGAUUUACAGUGGGGUCGUUAAUACAGUGCUUUGAAUGGGAGAGUGGUGAGGAAGAAGUAGACUUUGAAGAAAAGGUUGGAGUUAGUAUGUGGAAAGCCAAGCCUUUGCAAGCCAAGUUUAAGCCUCACAAAGAAAUGAUCAAGUUACUUUCUCAAAUUUAAAUAAUAAUGUAGGUUGUGUUAAAUAGAAUUCUAUCAUAAUUAAAUAAAGAUUAGCUUAAAAGUGUUAUAAAAUUACGUUUAGUAAAAAAAAAUGUAUAUAUUCAAACUUGAAUACACUUCUCAUGCUUGUUAUGUUUACAAAUAAUUCAUAAAAGAAACAUAUGUACUUUUGAAAUAUUUAUAAAUUAGACUUCAUAAGCAUAAGAUAAGAAACAUCCACACACCGAUAACAGAAUUUCAACAAGAAUAAUAUUGACUGUAUACUACC